AUUAGCAGACACAUCAGCAAACUUGUUGUCAAUUUGUAAAUUGUAGUUUCGUCUCCGAAUGCGAUGCGUAAUUCUGGUUAUUAAGCUAUUAAUUUCCAUUUUUAAAAUUUUGGUUGUCAACUCAAAAAGAAUGCUUGAAGCCUGUGAAGCUUUUGUAACUUACGAGAGUGGCAUCAUUCUUGAACGUCAGGGAUUCGAAGUGAAUGAUGAACCUGUAUGGAUACUCGGCCGAGAAUACGACACAAAAACUAAACUGGAUGAACUUAAUUCAGAUGUGAAGUCCAGACUGUUAUUAACAUAUCGUAGAAAUUUUCCUCCAAUUGGAGAUUCUGGUAUGACUAGUGACCGCGGUUGGGGUUGUAUGCUUCGUUGUGGCCAGAUGGUUGUAGCACAGGCCCUAAUCAAUCAGCAUUUAGGAAGGGAACCAUUUUGGCCAGUAGGGGAUGAUCAAAGAACAACUGAAUCAUAUAAAAAGAUUUUAAAGCUUUUUGAAGACAAGAAAACAGCAGUCUACUCUAUUCACCAAUUAGCUCAAAUGGGAGUAAGUGAAGGCAAAGAAAUUGGACAAUGGUUUGGUCCCAACACUGUUGCCCAAGUCUUGAAGAAAUUAUGUGAAUAUGAUGAAUGGUCAGCAUUAAAGAUCCAUGUUGCUAUGGAUAAUGCUGUUGUUAUUGAAGAAAUUGAGCAGUUAUGUCACAAGAAAAUCACCCCUACGGAAACAUCUACGUGGAGUCCGCUCUUACUUGUUGUUCCCCUACGGUUAGGUUUACUGAACAUCAAUCCAAUUUACAUUGACAGUCUGAAGGCUUGUCUUCAAAUGCCUCAAUCGAUUGGAAUGAUCGGUGGGAAACCUAGUCAGGCCCUUUAUUUUAUUGGUUACGUUGGAGACGACGUGGUUUUUCUGGAUCCUCAUUUGACCCAAAACGCUAUCGAUCUUGACGAAGAUGAGUUCGACGACUCUUCUUAUCAUCCUGCCACAUGUGCGCGGAUCUCUUUUCAAUCCAUGGAUCCCUCUUUAGCAGUGUGUUUUUCGUGCACUACACAUUCCGAAUGGAAGGAUUUGCUUCGACAAUUUAAAGACAUGACUGAAAUAGGAAAGAAACAAAAUCUAUUUGAAGUGUGCAGUCAAAGACAAGCGGAGUGGCAUCCGAGUACCACGGAUUUAGUAGAUGAAGCCAUUGCUCUUGACAGCGCAGAUUCAGAGGAUGAAUUCGAGAUCUUGGGUUGAUUUCUUUUGAGUUCUUCUGAACGAUGUGUCUUACUUUAGAUUUCAUACGAAUAAUUUGUCUACGAUUUGUCUGCGACUUUGUUCAUUAUAAUAACGACCGACAAAGACUUCGAAAAACGUUAUUUUAAAUCGAUUUUUUUGCCAGAUUCCUAUCACGAAGCGUUUAAAAAUACAAUUAAAAUGGUAAAUAUC